GGAGCCGCUAAGGGUGCUAACAACGCAGCGGGCAAGGCCGGCGCCGCGGCAGGCAACAAGGGUUCAACAACAACGGCGGCGGCCGCUGCCGCUGCUUCGACUGCCGCUGCCGCUGCCGCAAGUGGAAAGGGUGCGAACAACGCUGCUUCUGGGGACCCCCAAACCUCUUUGACGCUCCUCAACUCGGUUAUCGCGACUGGAUUUGCCUCCAAUGGCCAGGAAACGCCUACUGCUGGCCAAUCGGCUUCGUUGACGUCGACGAACAACUUUAUCAACUUCUGCGCGACCACAAAGCUGCCCAUCACAAACGGCCAGCAGAUCAAAACUGGCUCGUGUAACCCAGCGCCAAUGGGUAUUAUUGCUGCGACCACCAACAUGCCAUCGUCCAAGUUUGUCUUCCCCAAGAACACGGAUACCUCGAUUCAGCCGAACACGGCCUUCACGAUCCAGAUGGCGAUCAAGAACAUCCAGACGGGCACGUUCGUGAACGCGCAGGCAAACUACUACUCUGCCCCACAACAGGUCAACGCGCAGGGUCAAAUCAUCGGCCACACACACGUCGUCAUUGAGAAGCUUACCUCGCUCGACCAAACGACGCCCACGGACCCCAACGUGUUCGCGUUCUUCAAGGGUAUCAACGGAGCAGCGCAGAACGGCAUCGUUACCGCCGACGUCACCGCCGGUCUCCCCGCUGGCACUUACAAGAUCUCGUCGAUCAACGCAGCCGCUAACCAUCAACCAGUAUUGGUCGCUGUUGCCCAGCACGGAUCUCUCGAUGAUGUCGCCUACGUCAGUGUU